AACCAGCAUUUUUGUGUCCUUUGGAUAAAUUAGAGUGGUUCAUUCCUUACGGUCCUACAGCAGUUCCUUGCCCCUUGAGGUCUUUCAUUUUUUCUACCUAAUGUAGUUUUGUAAGAAACUUUCCUACAAAGUUUGGUAAAAAUGCCUUCUUUGUAAAAUAAUGCAAGACACUGAAAAGCAAGAGUCAGGUAGACAGACAUACGAGUUGACUUAUCACUUAUAAGUUCAAGUUGUAAAUGGGAAUUUUGACCUUUUAGAGGGUAUUAGGCAUCAAAUACAUAAUUUCACACUUGGAAGUUGCUAGGAACUAGGAUUUGUGCAAAGGAAGAUCAACUUUUAUCCGAAGUUUAGUUUAGUUAAAUUGUUUAUUCACAGCCUCCAAUAUCCCGACCUCUUUCCACUACUCACUCUUAUCCUCAUUGAAAUUUCCCUUUUUUAGACAUCUCAGUUCUUAGCUAAAUGUUAGAACAAGACCUCUGUUUAGGUAAUUGCUACUAGGGAAUGAAUGAUGGAUAGGAAAAAAAGUACUAAUAUUUGCAGCACAUAUAAUUCAAGGGCUCUUCUAUAGACUCGGCAAUUAUGUUUUUUUCCUAUUUAAUCUUCACAGCAAUAAAGCCUGAUAAGGUAGACGGCUGUAUUCUCAUAUUAUAGUUGAAGAAACUAAGGCAGAAAGAGGUUGAGGUCACUCAGCUAGUAUAUGGAGGAGUCUGAUUUUGAAAGAAGUUUUGUUUGACUCCACAACCAUGCCUUUGGAUGUGCGCUCCUAGAUCUACCUGGCCCUGGGUUUCAGCAUGAUAAGAUAGGAUUAGUACAUUUUCACGUAUCUAUUUUUGUUGAAAUUAUCAGGGAGCGUAGGAGACAGGGUGUGGAAGGGAUACCGAGGGCAGGAGGUGGACCUUCUUCACCAUUAGAAUAGAAUCCCCAACCUGAGUCCCUAGCCAGUGUAUGGGUGAGACUAGUCCUGAGUUAAAUAUCUUUUAGUCCUGGGAUUUUUUUUUCAUAUGUAAAUGUUAUAAAUGUUCGAUUUACUAUUUUAUGCAACUUUUAAUUUCAUUUCCUAAGACUUGUUUCCUAUCUUGAACAAAUCAUUGGAAAGCUAAAAAUUUGGCUCAAUUCGAUAGCUGUUUAGAAUUUGUGGUAAGUAAUAAGUAAGUAAUAGAUACUUGUGGUAAGUGUCACUACAAUGGCUGCAGAGUAAAUGGAAAGUCUUGAAUUAGACGAUUCUGUUACAAAACUUGACUGAGAAUUAAAGAAAAGUAGGGCCACGUCUAGACCCCUAAAAAUAUUUUUAAGUCUGGAGAGAUUCGAAAAUCUUUAUAGGUUAAAUGGAAGAGAGCUAUUAAGUAGAAAAGGGUAAAUGGCAGGAGAGAGGCAAUAAGUAAUUCAUAGAUCAGAGUUUUAGAGAAGAGCUGAACAGAUCAAAAGCACAGGCAGAAAGAAUAGGGGAAGAAAGGGAUCAUCAAAAUGCACACAGUGUCCUGCCUUUACCUGUCUACUGCUGUCUCAGUAAUGCCCAUGGCUCCAGCCUUGUUUCAGGUAAGUAAGCAGAACUACACCAGACGGUUCCCAUUGCCAUGGUGGCAACUUGGAGGGCUGCGUUUUGAUUUGGGGGCAAAUGAUGAAUGCAUAUGCCACAUAUAUGCAACUUUUGCAUUCAGGGACCCUUGAGUAGUUGAGUAUGUGACUUCGUGAUUAUGCCAUGUUUUUUGUUAUUUAUUGACUAUGUGGCAAAAGCCAUGGACGAGCUCUUGUGUCAGGCAUCUCCUACUGUCACGGUGGCCUUGAGGGGCUAGUGGCAAAUAUCAUCCCCACAGAUAUCGACAUGAUGGAUCUGAGAUACUACAGGAUAAUAUAUUCUUGGAGGUCACAGAUGGCACGAAUUCAGCAGACUUUGUUCUACGUGUUGAGGUAUUCCCUGUAAAUGAUGAGCCACCACUCCUCAAGGCUGACCUCAUCCCCAUGAUGCAUUGCUCAGAGGGCGAAGAGGUGGUCAUCACCUCUGAACACGUUUCUGCUACUGAUGUGGACGGUGAUGACUCGAGACUGAUGUUUGUGAUCGCCCGAGCACCUCAGCACGGGCUGGUGAGGAAAGCUGGAGUCGCAGUGGAUCAGUUCUCUCAGGGAGAUGUCAUCUCGGGGGCUGUGACAUACAAACACACGGGUGGUGAGAUUGGCCUGGUGCCUUGUUAUGAUACCAUUACAUUGGUGGUUUCGGAUGGAGAAGCUGGUCCUUAUGUGAAUGGCUGUUGCUACAAUGGGCCUCAUCCAUCUGUUCCUCUUCAUGAGUCCUUUCCAGUGUAUGACCUCAACAUCACAGUACACCCAGUGGACAACCAAUCACCUUCAAUUGCAAUAGGUACCAUGUUCGUUGUAGAUGAGGGUUUCUCAGCAGCCAUUACCAUUAACCAUUUGUCCGCCACUGACCCUGACACUGCAGCGGAUGACUUGGAAGUUGUUUUGGUUUCUCUUCCCCAGUUUGGCUACCUUGAAAACACUCUUCCUUCUGCAGGUUUUGAAAAAAGCAAUAUGGGCAUAAGCAUAGCUUCGUUCCAGUGGAAAGACAUGAAGGCUUUACACAUUAACUAUGUGCAAUCCAGACAUCUGAGGAUGGAACCGACGGCUGACCAGUUCAUGGUGUAUGUCACAGAUGGGAAGCGACGCUCCUUGGAGAUACCGUUUCACGUUAUCAUCAACCCCACAAAUGAUGAAGCUCCUGACUUUGUAGUGCAGAAUAUUACUGUGUGUGAGGGUCAGAGGAAAGAGUUGGAUACCUCCAUCAUCAAUGCUGGUGAUCUAGACGUUCCCAAGGACUCCUUGCUGUUCAGCAUCACUCAUAAACCGCGCCAUGGCUUCCUCACCAACGGGAUGCUUAGCAAAGAGUUUCCUCCAAAUAAGCAGCCUGCCAACCCCAGCCAGAGGCAUGAACUUAUUCACAGCUUUUCCUUGGAACUUCUCAAGAAUGGAAUGAAGUUGAUGUAUGUGCAUGAUGACUCAGAGAGCCUUGCUGAUGACUUUACAAUCCAAUUGUCAGAUGGGAAACAUAAGAUAUUAAAAACGAUUUCAGUAGAAAUCACCCCAGUUAAUGAUGAGAAACCAAUGCUGAGCAAGAAGGCUGAACUUACAGUGAAAAUGGGUGAAGCUCGAAUUGUUUCUAGUGCCAUUCUUUCGGCCAUAGAUGAAGACUCACCCAGGGAGAAGAUUUACUAUUUAUUUGAAAGGCUUCCCCAAAAUGGGCAACUUCAACUUAAGGGAGGGACUGGGUCCCUCUCCACCCUGGCAUGAAGUGCACUCAGGAGGACGUCGAUCUGAACUUGCUGAGAUACACACACACCGGGGCAAUGGACUCCCAGAAC